AUGCAAUACGAUGUUCCUGUUCCGCUGUGACAACGGUGAAUGUAUAUCGAGGAAUUUCCUUUGUGACGGAGGCAAUGAUUGCUCAGAUGGAUCUGAUGAGAAAAACUGCCAGAAAUCUACAGAAGGAAAAUGCAAUUCAAACCAAUUUACGUGCAAGAACGGGAGGUGCAUUCGUCCUGAGGAACGGUGCGACGGAUUGGAUGACUGCAAGGAUAAUUCCGAUGAAGUUGACUGUAAGAAUUGUCACGGAGACGAGUUCCUAUGCAAAAGUGGGAAGUGUAUAGCCAAUGACACUUUAUGUGAUGGUGACAAGAACUGCGAAGACGGCGACGACGAAGCAAACUGUGAAAAGGCACACUGCCUCUCUAUACCAGGCCACUACCAGUGCCAAUCAGGGGAGUGCGUGCCGCCCAUUAAGGUGUGUGACAAUAGGACGGAUUGCUUGGACGAAUCGGAUGAAGGGCAGGCUUGUGCUACAACAUGUGCAGCCAGUAACUGCACGCAGGGAUGCUUCCGAACGCCAAAAGGUCCUCAUUGUUUAUGUAGACGAGGGUAUUACCUAGAACGUGAUCAAGUAACCUGCUCUGAUAUAAACGAGUGUGCUUGGAGCGACAAAUUAGUGUGCGACCAUUACUGUGAGAACACCAAGGGCGGGUUUCAGUGCUCCUGUCACCACAAGUAUAUACUGCAGAGUGAUAACGUUACCUGCAAGCACCAGCAGUCCGGAAGUGCAUUUCUUUUAAUAGCACAGGACGAUGGAAUCAGGCAGCUGUUCCUGGAUGGCUCUCGCAACGUGCAAAUUGUUCACUCGGGGAAUGCAUCGGUCAUAGGAUUGGGUUAUGACCCUGUAACUCGCACGAUGUUCUGGAGUACCUUUGGUAAUGUGUUAAAAGCGGAAGUGGUACCUAAUGCAGUGACUCACAAACUGUUGCGUGAUGGCUUCAUUGUGGCUGAGGGUUUGGCCGUGGACUGGACUGGUAGGAACCUGUACCUCACAGAUCCCAAAAUGAAACAUAUCAUGGUGUGUAAAAUGGACGGCUCCUCCUGCUACUCGCUAUUGAGUGGUCUUGGUCAUCCAAGAGCCAUCCAGUUGGAUAUGGUUAAUAGGUAUAUGUAUUGGACUGACGUGAAGGACGGCACAAUUCGCAAGGCUGGAAUGGAUGGUACUAAUCAUGAUGUGGUGGCAAUGAAUGGAGUACUGUGGCCCAACGCCAUGGCACUUGACCUGCCUGCUGGUCGUCUCUACUGGCUGGAUGCUAACAAGGACCAUGCCUUCAGCAUCAAGUUGGAUGGUACAGACCAGAAGGUAAGGUGUCUUGGAGAAUGUUAGUAUAUAAUUGUUACU